GUUAAACAUGUGUUCAGGAAGAAGAAACUCACAACUCAUCUGAACACACAGAGAUUCAGAAGAACUGAAUACAACAGAGAAGAUCACUGAAGAAGAGAAGAAUGAAGAUCAUCUGGACUUUGACUCUGCUGAUGAUUCCUGGUGUGUUGGGCUUCAGUGUGACGGGAUAUUCAGGAGGAGGAGUCAGCAUCACAUGCAGAUAUGAGACACAAUAUAGAAACAAUGCUAAGUAUUUUUGUAAAGGACAGAAUCUAGGAUGUUCUGAUCUCAUCAAGACUGAAAUGAAAGAUAGAUGGGUUUAUUCUGGAAGAUUCUCUCUUUAUGAUAACACCAGUGCUGCAGUUUUCACUGUGAAUAUCAAAGAUCUGAGAGAAGAGGAUUCUGGAACAUAUCAGUGUGUAGCUGAUAUCUCUUGGGCUGCAGAUUCCUACACUGAAGUCAAUCUGAAAGUUUUAACAGACAAAGAUGUUUCAAAAACGACAUCAUCACCAUCAUCAUCAUCAUCGUCGUCGUCGUCGUCGUCUGUUUUCAAAGCAUCAGAGUCUCCUCUCGUGUUACAAGACUCUUCUCUGAUCAUCUCUCUGGUUCUGGUUCUUCUGGUUCUGAUCAUCGUUGGUGUCUUCUUACUGGUUUUCUGUAAAAAGAUUCGGUCUGGAGCCAGUGAUUUGUCGUCUCAGUCUGGAGCAGGAAAACAUGAGCUGGAUUCUCACACUGUUUGUGUUUAUGAGGACAUUAAAGACAGUUUACCCACAAACCCCUCUGUUUCUCCUGACUGUGUUUAUGCUACAGUUCAGAAAGAGUCUCAGACCUUCAUCACAUCUGCUGAGGAUCUGAAUUACGCCGUGGUGAACUUCCAGAAAGACUGUCCUGACAGAGUCAGAUCGAGGAAUGAUCAGGAUUAUACUGAAUAUGCUGCUAUCAGUUAUCUCCACGCCUGAUCAGUCUUUCCCCUUGUCUUUAGCGUGAAGUAUUUUUGUUACUUACAUCAUUCAGUGAUGCUCCUCUGUUGUAUUUUGUAGACAUAGUCUUGUCUACCGUCUGAUUCCUGUUUAAAUGACCACACAUUGUUUUGUCAUCUGGACAGCGUUUGCAACAAGACCACAAGAACCAGAUGAGUCCUCUGAACAAUCUGACUCUGCUGCAGCCUAGAAAUAAACCGCUGGUCUCGUCUGGUCAGAGGAGAAUCGCACACUAUUUCUCUUUUUCUCAAUCUGAAUUGUAAAAAGCGCUAUAUUUAACAGUGACUGUGCAUAAUUUUGUUCUGUAAAUGACACUGAAAUAGAAGCCCAUGAUGGUUUGGUCAAAGUUUGAUGUAAAUAAAUGCUCAAUAUUUCA